UGGUGGUGGUGGUGGUAGUGUGUCCAACCGGCUCCUCUUAUAAAUACCCAGGGCAGGAGUUUCUCAAGUCAGUCUGGCCGCAGCCCUUGUCGAGGAUAGACCCCCGCUACUCCUUCUGCCUAAGCCGCACCACCACCACCACCACCACUACCACCAUGGCUUCGAACCGUGUCGGGAGUGACUAUAACUCGUGGAUCAACACUCUGAGGUCCGACUUCACCCGUGACUUGAGGCGACGCAACAGGGUGGAGGCCGAGGCGGAGAAACCGCCUACGGGAGCCAAUAAGGUGGAUCGCGUUCACUGGUACAUCAAGGACAAUGCCAAGAACCACAAGACCAAGAAGUAUGAGAUGGUGCACGACAAGGAGAAGCCGAAGCCAGUGCUGAGGCGAGGACAGCUCUUCUACCUCGCCAUCAGAUUCCACGAGACUUUCGAUCAAGCGAAGGACAGAGUGGUGCUUAACUUCAGAUUCGGACACAAGCCAUCAGUAUCUAAGGGAACCAUGGGCGUUGUGAUGGUGAACAGUGACAAGCUGACUCGCACCAAGGAUGAGUGGGACUGCCGCAUUGACCCUGGCACCCGUGGAAAGGAUCUGGUGGUGCAGGUCUACAUCCCCGUGGGCGCCUGUGUUGGCAUCUACCAUCUGGAGGUCUUGACUGGGCUGCACAACUCCUCCGACACUGGCAUGAACAACUACCUGGAUGAGACUGACUGUUACAUCCUCUUCAACCCCUGGUGCAAAGAUGACGUAGUGUACAUGGACGACGAGCAGAAGAGGGAGGAGUAUGUGAUGAACGACAAGGGCAAGGUGUGGGUGGGGUCCUACAAGAGGUCCCGUGGGCGUCCCUGGGCCUUCGGACAGUUUGAUGACGUGGUGCUGCCCUUGGCCGUGUACCUGCUGGAGAUUAGCAGAGUGAGCGACCCUGAGCGAGGCAACCCUGUCAAGGUGGUCAGGGGCAUUUCAGCUGGGAUUGAAGGAGGACCGGAUGGAGAGAACUGGGACUCCAUCUGGAACUUCCACGUUUGGAAUGACGCGUGGAUGGCCCGUAAUGACCUGCCACCGGGCUAUGGAGGGUGGCAGGCCAUCGAUGCCACACCACAGGAAGAGAGUGACUACAAGAUGCAGUGCGGCCCGACCUCCCUGGUGGCCAUUCGUAGAGGUGAUAUUGGCCUCAACUAUGACUCACCAUUUGUGUUUGCUGAAGUGAAUGCUGACCUGAUGCACUGGGGAGAGGACCCGCAGAGUGAGUGGGGCUGGAGCAGGAUGAAGAUGAACAAAUACCACAUCGGCAGAGCGAUCAUGACAAAGAGCAGUGGCAAGGAUGAUGACUUUGGUGAUGAUGAUGGUGAGGACGUGGUGAAUGACUACAAGAACACUGAGGGGUCCGUGGCAGAGCGUAUGGCGAUCCAGAACGCCAUCCGUGGGUCGAGGCGUGCCAUGCAGUACUACAACAUUAAGAGUGAUGGCAAGGAGGACGUGGCGUUUGACCUCAUCGACAUUGACAAGAUCACUAUGGGCCAUCCGUUCCAGGUCAAUGUUGUUGUCCGUAACGAGUCCAACGAGAAGAGGAAGGUAUAUGCCGUGCUCAACUCUCGCUCUCUCUACUACACUGGUGUCAAUGUUGCUCACAUCAAGAAGGCUGAGGGCACUUUUGUCCUGGAGCCCAAUGGAACCCAGGAGGUUGCCAUGACAGUGCAGUUCAGCGAGUACUGGCCGAAGUUGGUGGAGCAGUGCCUGAUAAAGAUCUAUGCCAUCUGUCGGGUGGAGGAGACACAGCAGACAUGGACAGAUGAGGACGACUUCACUGUGGAUAAGCCACGACUUGAUAUUCAGGUGAGCAGAAGGGAGGGUAGCAGGAGGAGGAGAAGGUAGUGGUGGUGGUGGUGG